UGACAAGGUACUUUGUGUUCCUCUUAACAUUCUGUCCAACCAGCCAGUGCACUUUAUUGCAAGUCAAUAGUACAACGAGCGCUAAAAGACAACACCGAAAGAUUUUUUUCUGUGUAUGUGUGUUUGUGUGGGUGCGGCCGUGCCGGACUCCGGAUUCUUCUCCAUACUGGAACAAGUGUCAGAAUGAAUCAGUGGAAGAAAAGGGGUACAGUCAUUUUUGUUGUCUUUCUGCUUCUGUUAUUGGCAUCGAUCUGGUUUCAUGCUGUCCUGAAGAAUUCCCAUAGACCCUUUAAUUUCUUUAGGUUUCACGCUGCCUUCCAGUCUGCAAGAACAUCAUUUCUUUUAAGCAGUGAAAAGACAGCCGGUGAUGAUGCAAGUAAUGAAAAGGCAGACUGCCAUAAUAGCUUAAACAAGGACAUGCUUCCAUUUCCAUACCUACCAAGGAUGAUAUAUGAAAAACCUCAGGCAAUGCAACAACGGAGACCUGAUGUCAAUGUUUUGACUCCUUGGCUUGCACCAAUCAUCUGGGAAGGCACCUAUAAUUAUGAAAUCUUAAAUGAAGAGUUUAAACAAGGAAACUAUUCAAUUGGGCUAGUAACAUUUGCUAUAAAGAAGUACACAAGGUUCCUUAAAGAGUUUCUUACAACCGCUGAGCUCUACUUCAUGCUGGGACACUGUGUCCAUUACUACAUAUUUACUGACAGACCACAAGACAUUCCUAAUAUCACUCUCAAAGAAAAUCGAUUUAUUCAUGCUAUAAAUGCAGUGCCUCACAAACGCUGGCAGGAUAUUUUAUUUGAAAGGAUGAGAAAUAUCCAAAUUCUGACAGAAGAAAAAUUCUCAAAAGAGGUGGAUUACCUGGUUUCUACAGAUAUUGAUAUGAAAUUUAAUGACUAUGUAGGCGUUGAAGUUCUGGGAAAUCUGGCUGUUACAAUUCAUCUAGGUUAUUAUGGUUCAGAGCGUAGUGAUUUUCCAUAUGAGCGGAGGCAAGUUUCUGAAGCUUAUAUUCCAAAAGAUGAGGGUGACUUUUAUUACUCAGCAGCGUUCUAUUCUGGAACAGUGAAGGACAUGUAUCUUCUAGCCAAAGCUUGUGCUGAAGGCAUUGAUAAAGAUAAGCAGAAAGGUAUUGAAGCAGUGUGGCAUGAAGAAAGCCAUUUCAACAAAUACCUGUUGUACCAUAAACCCAGCAAAGUGCUUUCACCUGAGUAUACAUGGGACAAUAACUAUGGAACUCCAUCAUUCUUGAAGAAGAAAUGCUUUAUUGCUGUCCCCAAGAACCAUAAUGAAAUCCGAAAUUAAAGAAGAUGCUUUAUUCCAGAUACUAAUAUUAAUGGAUGAAUAAUUGGUGUGUGAAUCUUUAAUAACAAAACUAAUCACCUUGAAACUGAAGCAGUAGUAGUAGAUUUGACUUUAUGGUGACCUUCUUGGUGAUUUAAAAUAUCUUGUGUAAUAAGCUUAUAGUUUCAGUCAUCAAACACAAUUAACUAAAAGAGUCAAAACUUUAUCUAUCUAUCUAUCUAUCUAUCUAUCUAUCUAUCUAUCUAUCUAUAUAUCUCUCUCACUACCACUGACCUGCUACAUUGACUACAUAUGGUUGAAAAUCAUGAAACUGGAAAAAAAAAACAGAAAACAAUGAUUUAUGCAGAGGUCAAGACCUUCUGCACCCCCACAACCCCUGAUAAUCAUAUGUUUCAACUCCAAGAUCACACAACAGUGGUGAAAGAGCAAAAUCCCACUCCCCGCUGAGUAGCAAUUCAUCCAAAGAAAAUGAUGGUAUCCUGAGAUAAACUAGCAUUUUGAAAAAAAAAAAAAGUCUUGUAUACAAAACAUUAAUUGCAUCAAACAUAAAACAAAACAUAUGGGCAGCCAAAAUUACCCCCAAAAUAAAUAAAUUAAAUAGCAGUCAGAAUUUUUCACAUAAUAGUAAACUGUAAAUACACGUUGCCACAUAUUUUAAAGCUUAAAAUGAGAUCUGCCACUGUUUACUACAAUGAAAAUGUGUCUGUCAUACAGAUUUUGAGUAACUGAAUCAUAUGUGCAUUCUAACACAGAAAAUUUCAGUCACAGAGUUAGUCACUCUCUUUGGCAGACAUGGUCUGUGAAGCGGUCAUUGAUUCUGGUAGCCAUCCUCAUUAAGUAUGAAGCAACACUGUAUGUAUCUCCAUAAUCAGAAGAAAAUAAUGUUAUCAUUUCACAUGUCAAAGACAAAGAAAAUCAACUUUUCUGUUAUUGCUCUCUCGUACUAACAAAAAGUAUUUCUUCUGCCUUAAGUUUCCUACUGAUUUGUAGAUGACUGUUUUAACCAAAGCAAGACUGUGAAGUAGUUUGCACCAUGUAUAGUUCAUCUAUGACAUGAAGUACUACUACUACACUGUCAUGUCAGUUUAUACAUAAAAAUGACAUGAUCAUGUAGGGGUGCUUCAUGUCAUAGAUACUCGUUUUAUAUAUGAUUUCCCGGCAGUGUGUUGAAUGCAAAGCUUAUUGACAGUUAUUUAUGCUGUUAUGCGCUAUCAGAUUUAUUCAUUAAGUAUUAGAUGUAGCAAGUCGUGUAACAGAGACUUUGCCUUUCUUGAUGGUGUUUCCCUUGUAGUUGCAGUUGUGUGACCAUAGAGUUAAUAUGAUAAGCUAGGGGAUGUGUGAAUGGAGUUGCAACACUGGGUGGUUGCUGAUGUUGAUUUAUUAUUGAGUUUUCUCAAUUUAUGGUAGUAGUGUGAAUAUUUUCAAUAAUAUGAUGUAAAUGUGGAAGCAUUUUUAGAUGGCUGCUGGUUGCUGUGUCAAGGAAGUGUUUCUGAGCUGAAAUCAUUUGUAUACUAUUUGGAUCCUAAUAGUUUUGGCGUUAAGUUCAGUGGGGACUGUGAUUUAUUUGUAGGUUCAUAGGUAGGUACUAUGCUAUCUGCCAGAAGGCAUUUAUAAGCCUAGCCAGAAUGUGUUGGC